GGUGUGUGUGUGUGUGUGUGUGUGUGUGUGUGUGUGUGUGUGUAUAUGUGUGUGUGCCCAUCUGUUCUGCACAUGCUCAGAUGGAGAGGCUCGUAGGCCCCUCCCUGCGCGGGAGUGCUGCUGAUCUGCAGGCGGAUAUAGCAAGCAGUGCGUCGCAGAAAGAGAGAGAGAGAGAUAGAGAGAAGGAGAGAGAGAGAGAAAGAGAGAGGGAGAGGAGAAGAGGAGGCUCGCAGCUGCUGGAUCCCUGGAGGAGGAGGAAGAGGAGGAGCUGAGAGAAGAAGCCAACGAGGGACUGGAGCUGGAGCUGGAGCUGGAGCUGGGCUCAGUGUGAAGGAUGUUCUCCUCGGUGAAGGCCUUUGAGGGGCAGCAGUACUCCACCCUGAAGAAGCAGUGUUUGCAGAGUGGGACUCUGUUUGAAGACCCUCUGUUCCCUGCAGUGGACGAUUCGCUCUUCUACCAGGGCAACCGCAUCGGCCGUGUGCACUGGAAAAGACCCAGAGAGCUGUGUGAUGACCCUCAUUUGUUUGUGGACGGGAUCAGUGCCCAUGACCUGCACCAAGGGCAGCUGGGAAACUGCUGGUUUGUGGCGGCGUGCUCCAGUCUGGCCUCGCGUGAGUCUCUCUGGCAGAAAGUUAUUCCAGACUGGAGGGAGCAGGAAUGGGAUCCAGAGAAAGACGAAUCCUAUGUUGGAAUCUUCCACUUCCGCUUCUGGAGAUUUGGAGAAUGGGUAGACGUGGUGAUUGAUGACCGCUUGCCCACAGUGGACAAUCAGCUGGUGUAUUGCCAUUCAAACGACAGCAAUGAGUUCUGGAGUGCCCUGGUGGAGAAGGCUUACGCCAAAGUGUACGGUUGCUAUGAAGCCCUGGACGGGGGAAACACGGCCGAUGCGCUGGUGGACUUUACCGGCGGGGUGUCGGAGCCCAUGGACCUGCUGGAGGGUCAGAUGGCUCAGGAUGAGGUGGCCAGAAAUCAGCUGUUUGAAAGAGUUUUGAAGGUUCACAACCGAGACGGCCUUAUCAGCUGCUCCAUCCGGGCAACCACAGUGGAGGACAUGGAGGCUCGGCUGGACUGUGGUUUGGUGAAGGGCCAUGCCUAUGCCGUGACGGAUGUGAAAAAGGUGCGUUUAGGCCAUGGCCUGCUGGCCUUCUUCAAGUCAGAGAAGCUGCACAUGAUCCGCAUGAGGAACCCCUGGGGGGAGAAGGAGUGGAGUGGGCCCUGGAGCGACAGUUCUGAGGAGUGGAAGAAGGUGAGCAAGAGUGAGAGAGAGAAGCUGGGCGUCACGGUUCAGGAUGAUGGAGAGUUCUGGAUGAACUUUGACGAUUUUUGCCAAUACUUCACUGACCUGAUCCUGUGUCGGCUGAUCAACACGUCCUACCUGAGCAUCCAUAAGACGUGGGAGGAGGAGGUGAUGAGGGGGACCUGGGUUUAUAGAGACGACCCACUGCGCAACCGCUCAGGAGGCUGCAUCAAUCACAAGGCCACCUUCCUGCAGAACCCGCAGUACGUAUUCGAUGUGAGGAAAGUGGAGGAUGAGGUGUUGAUCUGCCUGCAGCAGAAAGAGAAAAGAGCCACGCCCAAAGAAGGCAAAGGAGAAAACCUGGCCAUCGGAUUCGACAUCCACCGGGUGGAGCUGAACAGAAAGUACCGCAUGCACUCGGCCCAGCAGAAAGUUGCCGGCUCAAUCUACAUCAACUCUCGCUGCGUCUUCCUGAGGAAAGAGCUGAAAGAGGGCCGCUACGUCAUCAUCCCCACCACCUUCGACCCUGGCCAGCAGGGAGAGUUCCUGCUGAGAGUUUUCACUGAUGUGCCUUCAGACUGCAAAGAGUUGACCCUGGAUGACCCUCCACAGACGUGCUGGACGGGAAUGUGUGGAUAUCCUCAGCUGGUCACCCAGGUGCAUGUUCUGAGUGCAGAGGGUCUACAGGGCCAAGACUCCAAUGGAGCCUCAGAUCCGUACGUGAUCAUCACCUGUGAAGGGGAGAAGGUUCGGUCUCCUGUGCACAAGGACACACGCUGCCCAAACUUUGACGUUAAAGGGGUGUUCUUCCGCAAAAAGCCAAAAGAGGGCAUUCACAUUGAGAUCUACAAUAAGAAUGUGAUUGUUGACACCUUCCUGGGUCAGGUGACCCUCUUCAGCGACCCUAACGACCGGCAGGAGCAGCACACCGUCCAUCUGAGGGACAAGGGCAGUCGCCAAGACAACGACCUCCCCGGCACGCUGACCGUGCGACUGAUCACCUGCACCACUUUAACCAACAUCUGACCGCUUAACGACCACGACCUCGCCCCUGCUCUCCUCCACCUUCUCCUUCUUUCCCUCCUUUUUCUUUGUCUGUCAGUGUCCUUCAUUAACUCUCCACGGCGUAUUCAUUAACCCUCGCUGAUUAUCCCGCCCCUCUGUAUUAUUCCGCAGUGCUCACGCUGAUCCAUGCUUUGAUAGUAUGCAUAAGGGCUAUGCAUUAGACUUGCAUGAGAUGCUGAGGCUUUGGUUUUGGUAUCGGAGGCCUCGUGGAGUCUUCAUCACGUGAUCAGCCGCGGGUUUCCAUUGCCGGACAACCUCAGCAGAAGUCCUUUCUCUCCAUCUUCUUCCCCUCGCUCCUCACAGCUUCUCACAAUAUGGCAUCCUCCUCCAGUACAGUUCAGACUCACAUGAGCAGCUCUAAAAGAUGAAGAACAUUCCAGAUGAUGGUGAAUCUUCAUUAAUCUUCAUCUCCACCAAGAAGAAAUAGAAUAAAAACCAGAUUAAGUGAUUAUAGAUUAAUUACAGAGAGCAAGGUCUGGACUCGACCACUGGCUACUAUACAAGAUGUGGUCACAUUUCACAUCUUUAGGCCCAAUCCCAUUUCUCAUUUAUACUCCUAGCCCUUGUUUUCAAUUUUAACCAAAUUAAGUGACUUAAAAUGGUUGAAAUUAGGAGUUUAGGGUAAAUCAUAUUUUUGUUUUUAUCACGAUAUGACACAAGGUUUCACGAUAAAUGCAUCAAUCGAUUUUUAAAUAACUGUAAACACAAUUUGUAUUACUUGCAUGCAGCAAAGAGCAAAUUGGUGCAAGGUGGAGUGAGGUAGUGUAAGGAAAAGCAAGAUAGAGUAAGGUAGAUAGAGGUAAAGCUAAGUAGAGUUAGGAGGAAAACGAUAGAGCAAGGAUUUAAGGUGGACUGAGAAAUUUAGCUAUCUAGCUACUGAGAAAAGAGCUAAUUAGGCCUAAUUGAAACUCCGUUAAACUAAGAUAAUGCAUUGGUUAUCGUAUUUUUCAACUGAGAACAUGCGCUAGCUGUAUGUGUGGGUUUUCAUCUUGCUGUGUUUUCUCACAACCCACCUUUUGGAGUGUGCCUCUGAAAAAGUCAUAAGUUUGGAGGGAGAUGUAGCCAUAGUACUUAAGCCAGACAUAACAUAACACAACACAAGAACCGGGACAGUCUUCCCCUUGACAUGAGUAGGGCUACAAUGGUCAGUCAUCAUAAUUAAAGCUGAAGUCUGUAAGUUUUGGGAUUUGGGGAAUUUAGGGCCCUCUGAGAAUGGGCCCAUACGGAAGAAUCAUGUUAAACUGGGUGGGUGUGAUGCGGUCUCCUUUAGAGUGGAUGAAUCCGAUUCCAGGUUAUGUUUAAUCAGAGUAAGAGAGAGCGUGCUCAGUCAGAAAAUGCUGAUGGAAAUGUCUUUAGAGGAUGUAAGAGAGUUAUUAUAUAAGGUUGUCAGUUUUGUCAGUGUAAAUGAAUAAGUAAAACUGAGCCAGAUCCUCUUUUAGAGGUUGUACGUGUGACGUAAGUACGUAAAGACGCGUGGCGUGGCCAGAAGAAGAACUCCCGCAAAAAGUGAAUAAAUUAAUCUUAGCAGGGAUGGUGGCUCCAGCACACUAGAACUAUUAAACACAAUAAUUUAUCCCUUCUCCACUCAGAAAUGCUUCAGUUUAACCCUUGUGUGGUGUUCGGGUCUGUGGGACCCGUUUUCAUUUUUCAUCAAAUGAUACAAAAAAUAUAUUUUUUCUAUCUCAAACUCAUUGGCAUUGGCUCAUUUUUUGUGAAAAACAUAUAUCAAAACACAUUUUCGAUAAACACACACUGUACACCCACCUCCCCCCC